GUAUAUAGGCAACACUAUACGUGGCAUUAAAAAACCCCAUAUGAAAAAAUAAAGUGUCAUCCAGUAAAAUCUCUGGAAGUACUUCAGCCUUUGGAGUGCUUCCUGGCAGCAGCACGUUACCAAGACUUUUUUAAAAAAAACCCUUAUGCAGUUCUUUUCGCAAUGUCUUGGUGCGUAGAUAUCAUGAGCUUUUUACAAGGAAGAAGGUUUGUUUUAACAGGGCCCGUCUAACAGUUUAAUUUUUGAAGUCAGCUAAUUUCCAGCAUGGAACAGCGUUGCUUUUCCUUUCCGUCUAGUCUGCUGGAGCAGUCCCACCCCGGACUCCUCCUUCUCCCACCUUUGCCCUACAUCCCUCCCCGGGUCAUCUAAUUCCCCAAGUCAUCCGCUUUCUCUUUGUGUGUGAUGUCAGUGCGGGCUCUGGUUUCGGUAACCCUUUGUGGGCAAGCCCAUGUCAUCACGCGGCAGAGGGGAUGGCUGAUAAAUUGCCCCGCUUCGGACAGGCUCACUAACUCCCUCUUCCCCAGCACAAGGCAGCCAGUGGGCCGGUAACAGCGUGCCACACUAGCGGCGUCCUAGGGAGCCUAAUUCAGGCUGGUCUCGGUGGAGCGGAGUCUGAGCGGAGCGCUCCCCUCCCCUACGCUGGGCUCUGGUAGCUGCCGGAUGUAUCAGAGGCCCUGGGAGCCGGGCUGGUUGGGUGCAAACCCUUUGAGUGCCCACCGCGUGGGGAGCUGGCGGCGCGCGUGAUAACGGGAACUAGCUACCGAGAAGCUGCUGUGAUCGGCCUUUGUUCCCGGGCAGCGCCGGCUCCUUCUCCCGCCUGGGUACGUGUGUGGCUUGUCUGGCCGAGCAGCUAAUGCUAGCGGAGGAGCCCGCGGCGGCAGUAGGUGAGCUCACCCCGCACUCCGCCCCCACUCCGUCCAGCCUUCCACAGGCAGCGACGGUUUUGCUGCCCUCGUCUUGCUUUUUGGGGGGGCAGCGCGGGAUUAUGUAUCAAAGCCCUGCUAGGUCCCUGUGUUCGGCCCUCUCCACGCUGUGCUGCGCCCCGUGCACCGCCGCCUCCUCGCCCCUGCUGCUGCUCCGAUCUCCUGUUCCGGUGAAGAGAGCCGUUUCCCCGCCUGCCCUCCUUGGCUCUUCCUCCUCUGCCGCGCCUCGCUGUGGUUGCUGUCACCAAGGGGCCUCGGCCGGCCGGGGUUCUGCUGCAGCUGUAGGUCCAGGUGUUGCGAGUUCCAGAGCAGCGUGUUCCAUGGGAAACAGUACAAGCCGGUUAUAUAGUGCUCUUGCUAAGUCACUGAACAGCAAUGCUGCCUCCCAGCAUCAGGAGUACUUGGAACAGCCUGAUUCGGAACAGCUGGAUCCCAUAGAUCCUAAAGAUCUGCUUCAAGAAUGCCAGGCAGUUCUUCAAAAACGCCCUCCCCGAUUCCAGAGAGACUUUGUGGAGCUGAAGACAGAUUCUACCAGCAGCCAUCAUCCGAUUAGAGUCAUGCAGUGGAACAUUCUUGCGCAAGCUCUUGGAGAAGGCAAGGAUAGCUUCAUUCAGUGUCCCAUGGAAGCUCUCAAGUGGGAAGAAAGGAAAUGCCUCAUUCUGGAAGAAAUCCUUGCAUACCAACCAGACAUUUUGUGCUUGCAAGAAGUGGACCACUAUUUUGACACCUUUCAACCACUCCUUAGCCGGCUAGGCUACCAGUGUACUUUCUUCCCUAAGCCAUGGUCCCCCUGCUUAGAUGUGGAACAUAAUAAUGGGCCAGAUGGCUGUGCCUUGUUUUUUCUCAAGGACCGCUUUACAUUGGUCAAAAGUGUUAAUAUCCGCUUAACUGCAAUGAAGCUAAAAACCAACCAAGUGGCCAUAGCUCAGACACUGAGAUGCAGUGAAACUGGGAAGCUGUUCUGUAUUGCAGUCACUCAUCUGAAAGCCCGUACUGGUUGGGAGAGAUUUCGAUCAGCACAAGGCUGCGAUCUUCUACAGAACCUAAAAAAUAUUACUCAAGGAGCAGAGAUCCCUCUAAUAAUCUGUGGAGACUUCAAUGCAGAGCCCACUGAAGAAGUUUACAAGGAAUUCUCUAAUUCCAGUCUCAACCUGAACAGCGCUUACAAGCUGCUGAGUACAGAUGGGCAGUCAGAGCCUCCUUACACUACAUGGAAGAUCCGGCCCUCUGGAGAGUGCAGGCACACACUGGAUUAUAUCUGGUAUUCCCAGCAUGCCUUAAAUGUUAACUCUGCGCUUGGCUUGCUGACUGAAGAACAAAUUGGACCUAACAGGCUGCCAUCCUUCAAUUACCCUUCAGACCACCUGUCUUUGGUGUGUGACUUCAGUUUUAAUCAAGACCCUGAUAGGCUUUUAUAACUGGUUUGAACUCCAUAUGGUAUUGCAGUGACUUAACUCAUCAUUUUUAAAGAAACUUUUGAUGAGGUUAGAAUUUAAAGAUGGGGGAUAUGGAUGACGAUGUAUUUGCAGGCAUAUACUUGGAAAUAAUUUUGCCAUUCAAACCUUAUAAUUUGAAACCUCCAAAGGAGGAAAAAGGAGUUGACUGCCAGUUUUUUAGUUGUGAUGGUUUUGUUCACUGUGGGCUUUCCCACAUUUUAGUUUGACAGUUAAAGGGGAAACUGCAUUCUUUCUCCUGUGAACAAACAAAAUUAGCAUGCUGUCAGGGCAAGUUGUUUUUAUGUUUCCAUU